GGGGCGGUUGGGAAGGGGAGUUGAAAUUGAAUGCCGCCGGCCUACGCGAGACUAUGAGGUGACCACCUGUUACUUUCCCAUUCUGCCCAUGCUUAAGGAUGCUAAUUUGAAUUACACAAGGGCAUUUUGGGUACUCAAAAGAGUUGAAGAACUGGAAGAGAGAUCUGGACCCCACGAUUUCCACGACUAGUUCAGUAGUUCUAGACUUCUAGUUGGACCAUCGUUCUCCUACUUACUCUCUUUCAUUUUCAGUUUCAAUUUCAGUUCCAACUUUCAACUCAGCAAUGGCCACCUCCUCUGGUGGUGGUAGUGGUAGUGGCGGUGGCGGCACUUACAGUUACAGAAAUGGCGCCACUCACUCUCACAAAUCCUCUUCCAAGCUCGAUACUCAUACUCAUAAGCCUCUCUCACUCAAUUCCAGUUCCAAUUCUAGUUCUAAGAACCAUGUCAAGUCAAAAUCUUUGGGUCCUUCUUCCACCACCCAACGCCGCAACAGCACCACCUCCAAGGACCACCAUCCUUCUGUUCCUGGAAGAGUUAGAGUGGCUGUUAGGUUGCGGCCGCGAAAUGCAGAGGAAUCUGUGGCAGAUGCUGAUUUUGCUGAUUGUGUUGAAUUACAGCCUGAGCUCAAAAGGUUAAAACUUCGGAAGAACAAUUGGGAUGCUGAUACUUAUGCAUUUGAUGAGGUGCUCACUGAAUUCGCAUCACAAAAACGUGUAUAUGAAGUUGUGGCCAGGCCUGUUGUGGAGAGUGUACUAGAUGGCUACAAUGGGACAAUCAUGGCUUAUGGACAGACUGGUACUGGUAAAACAUACACACUUGGACGACUAGGGGAGGAAGACACAGCUGCACGUGGAAUAAUGGUCCGCUCUAUGGAGGAUAUUUUAGCAGAUGUUUCUUUGGAAACUGAUUCAGUUUCAGUCUCUUAUUUGCAGCUUUACAUGGAAAGUAUACAAGAUCUGCUUGAUCCUGCUAAUGAUAACAUAACCAUUGUAGAAGAUCCCAGAACUGGUGAUGUUUCACUACCUGGAGCUAGCCUUGUUGAGAUUAGGGACCAACAGAGUUUUGUAGAACUAUUAAGAUUAGGAGAGGUUCAUCGCUUUGCUGCAAAUACUAAAUUAAAUACUGAAUCUUCUCGAAGUCAUGCUAUUCUGAUGGUGCAUGUUAGGAGAUCCAUCAAGGGAAGAGAUGCAGGUCAUUCAAGUGAAAAUGGCAAUCAUCCGCACUCAGUCAAAUCAUUAAAGCCACCUGUUGUCAGGAAAGGCAAGUUGGUUGUCGUUGAUCUGGCUGGUUCGGAACGAAUUGAUAAGUCAGGAAGUGAAGGGCAUACACUAGAGGAAGCAAAGUCUAUCAAUCUGUCGUUGAGUGCAUUGGGGAAGUGUAUUAAUGCACUUGCAGAGAAUAGUGCACAUGUGCCAUUUCGUGACUCAAAGCUUACAAGAUUGUUACGUGAUUCAUUUGGAGGUACGGCAAGAACUUCGCUGGUCAUUACCAUUGGACCAUCUCCAAAGCAUAGGGGAGAGACUGCUAGUACUAUAAUGUUUGGACAGAGGGCUAUGAAGGUGGAAAACAUGGUGAAGUUGAAGGAAGAAUUUGAUUACAAAAGCUUAGCUAGAAGGCUAGAUGUAGAAUUAGACAAACUUAUUAUGGAACACGAAAGGCAACAGAAGGCAUUUGAGGAUGAGAUUGAGAGGAUGGCCACAGAAGCACAACAUCGGUUAUCUGAGGCUGAAAGGAACUACAUUGAUCUAUUGGAGAAGGAAAAAUCAAAAUAUGAGAAAGACUAUAUGGACUCAAUUAGGAAGCUUGAAGACCAGCUGGCAAUGAAUCAACGAAAGAAUGAGGACUCUCAUAUUAAAUCAAGAGCAGAGGUGUAUUCUGAGGAGCUGGCUGAUCUGAAAAAAAUGCUUCAGAAAGAGACUCUUCUGAGGAAAGCUGCUGAAGGGGAAGUAAAUCAUCUGAAAAUUCAAGUAUCUGAACUUAAAAUGUCAGAGGCAUCCAGAAAGUCAGAGAUCUUGAAAGUUCAUAAGAUGUUAGAAGAGGAGGUACACCAAAAAGAGAAACUUGAAAGAGAAAUAGCAAUAUUACAAAGUCAGUUGUUGCAGUUAAGUCUUGAAUCCGAUCAGACAAGACAUCAGUUUGAAAGGGAUGGAUUGGAAAAGGAUGUGAGCAGUGUUGAUUCUCUCACGUCCCAAGUUAAGCAUCAGCAGCAGGCUUCAGGAAAUGGAGAGAAGCCCUCAAUAGCCAAGCUCUUUGAGCAAGUGGGAUUGCAGAAGAUUUUGUCAUUGCUUGAAGCAGAAGAUGCUGAUGUGCGAAUUCAUGCUGUGAAAGUUGUAGCAAAUCUAGCUGCUGAAGAAGCAAAUCAGGGGAAGAUUGUGGAAGCAGGUGGGCUCACAUCCUUGCUUAGGCUGCUUCAGAGUUCUCAAGAUGAAACCAUACAUAGAGUUGCUGCAGGUGCUAUUGCGAAUUUGGCAAUGAAUGAAACCAACCAAGAACUCAUUAUGUCCCAAGGGGGCAUUAGUUUAUUGUCGAUGACAGCAGCCAGUGCUGAAGAUCCUCAAACCCUUCGAAUGGUUGCUGGAGCCAUUGCUAAUCUUUGUGGCAAUGAUAAGUUGCAAUCGAAACUAAGGGGCGAAGGUGGUAUCAAGGCACUGCUGGGAAUGGUCAGGUGUAGACAUCCUGACGUACAUGCACAGGUUGCUCGUGGAAUAGCAAACUUUGCAAAGUGUGAGUCAAGAGCAUCUAGUCUAGGGACAAAGAGUGCAAGAUCUUUCCUCAUUGAGGAUGGUGCCCUUGCAUGGAUCGUGCAAAAUGCUAACAACGAAGCCUCAUCAAUUAGGCGCCAUAUUGAACUUGCAUUAUGCCACUUAGCACAACAUGAGGCAAAUGCAAGAGACAUGAUUAAUGGAGGUGCAUUAUGGGAGCUAGUUCGCAUUUCGCGAGAUUGUUCAAGAGAAGAUAUCAAAACUCUUGCACAUAGAACACUAGUUUCUAGCCCCACUUUCCAAGCUGAAAUGAGGCGUAUGAGGAUAAGUUACUGAAGAAUUCUGCAAAAUAAACCCAAGCGGGGUGAAAGUAUACAUAACAAUAAUUUGGAUGUAGUGCUCUAAUCAAGCAGGAAAGCUUUCUUCAAUGUUCAAGCUGAAAUUUGAAACUAGCUAAAGUGAGCUCUUUUAUGUGGUUGGUCCAUCAAAUGAAUGGCCUUAAUUUAAUCAAGUCAACGUGGUGUUUAACUGUUUAUAUGGUCAGUUGCUUGUAGUUUUUGUCUAGCUUUGGGUAUGUAAAUUGAUUUGUAUAUGAAAUAGAGAGGGAAGGGUAGUGGUGCUUGACAAUUUUGAAUUUCUUCAAAUGGCUGGGUGCUAUUCAUAACAAGAUGAGUGUAUUUGUUAAUUAAUGAUGAUUUGAGUUGUUUCAACCAAUUCUAUUUGCUGAAGUGCGGACCCCAUGAAUGUUCAUGAUAUAUUUUUUUCCAUAAUCAGCGGCCCUAGCGAGUAGCAAAAGCCAAUACCAGUGUGAUUAUUUGACUUAAGUAUGUAUGACAAUAAAGUUUUAUGUCCCUCUAACU